UGUUCAGUUAGGAGCUGAAAACGCAGACAGUAUCGGUGCCGUGCUGAACAGUAAAGAUGAGCAGCGGGAGAUCGCUGAAACGAGAGAAACGUGUAGGGCUGCUUAUGAUACUUCUGCACCAAAUGCAAAACGCAAAUACCCAGAUGAGGGAGAAGCUGAUGAGGAAGAAAUUGAAGAAUAUAAGGAUGAAGUAGAGCUGCAGCAAGAUGAGGAGAACCUGCCAUAUGAAGAAGAGAUUUACAAAGAUUCCAGUACCUUUCUUAAGGGUACUCAGAGCUUAAAUCCCCACAACGAUUACUGCCAACACUUUGUGGAUACAGGACACAGACCCCAGAACUUCAUCAGAGAUGUUGGCUUAGCAGAUAGGUUUGAAGAAUAUCCAAAACUUAGAGAGCUCAUCAGAUUGAAGGAUGAGCUGAUAUCUAAAUCUAACACUCCUCCCAUGUACUUGCAAGCAGACUUGGAAGCUUUUGAUAUUAGGGAACUGAAGUCCAAAUUUGAUGUGAUUCUUCUGGAACCACCACUGGAAGAAUACUACCGAGAGACUGGCAUUACUGCCAAUGAAAAAUGCUGGACCUGGGAUGAUAUCAUGAAAUUGGAAAUUGAAGAAAUUGCAGCCCCAAGGUCAUUUGUGUUUCUGUGGUGCGGUUCAGGCGAGGGUCUGGAUCUUGGCCGAGUGUGUCUACGCAAAUGGGGUUACAGAAGAUGUGAGGACAUUUGUUGGAUUAAAACGAAUAAGAACAAUCCUGGCAAGACCAAGACUCUAGACCCUAAGGCUGUUUUCCAAAGAACCAAGGAGCACUGCCUCAUGGGCAUCAAAGGAACUGUGCGUCGCAGUACGGACGGCGACUUCAUCCAUGCUAAUGUUGACAUUGACCUAAUCAUCACAGAAGAGCCUGAGAUUGGCAACAUAGAAAAACCUGUAGAGAUUUUUCACAUCAUCGAGCAUUUCUGCCUUGGACGACGACGUCUUCAUCUUUUUGGAAGGGACAGUACAAUUCGACCAGGUUGGCUGACUGUAGGACCCACCCUCACAAACAGCAAUUUCAAUGCAGAAACGUAUUCUUCAUACUUCACAGCUCCAAAUUCCCACCUGACCGGCUGUACCGAAGAGAUUGAGAGACUUCGGCCCAAGUCACCGCCACCCAAGUCCAAGUCUGACCGGGGAGGUGGUGCUCCAAGGGGAGGAGGAAGAGGAGGGACUUCAGCGGGCCGAGGAGAAAGGGGCAGAGAGAGGAACAGAACUAACUUCCGGGGUGAGAGGGGUGGCUUCAGAGGGGGACGUGGAGGCACCCAUAGAGGAGGCUUCCCCACCCGCUGAUGACUGUUAGGUAACGGCUUCUUCCCCCGGUCCUAUGCCUCAUCUCUGAAUCUUUUUCUUAGUCUUGUUUUUGCUAAAGUCAGUUAUUCUGGGGACUCAAGCUAGAUGACUUUUAAAAUUGGUUUUGGUGCAAGUGGUUACAGAUAGUCUGCCUUCCGGUGACCGGCCUGGCACAUCACCUCACCGGGCAGGUGGGGUCCUGCCCCUGACAGCACGGAACAGCCUCCCGACAGCUGCUCUUUGUCAAAGCAGAGCGCACCAUCUCUUCAAACCGCAGCUAGGACUGAAGUGAAGACACUUGCUCUCCCCUUACCAAACUUGCAAGGUGCGGGCUUUUUUUAACUGUCAUUUUCUCCAAAACACGGGUUCCUCUUCCUUCUUUGGAGGUUCAGGUUUGGACUGACUUGGAUUAAUGUGAUGGCAUGGGCAUGAAAUGCAGUUCUGAGUUGCAUGGUCAUAGCAGAGUUACUCUCUUAUUCAUGGAAAGAAAAGUGCCGUGUCUAUAUCGACAUCUAUUUUAACUUCUCUGAAACCAAGGAGCAAAUUGAAUAAAUAGAAUUCUAUUUUUUCUUAUUUGGUUUAAAUUUCCCGAAUUAUUCCCGGGAAUAGGGAACAAGUUUGGUUUUCAUUUGUGGUGUGUAUGCACUCACUUUUCAUGUCUGUAGUGGGGGGAGUGGUAAUUCUGUGCAGUCGUGUGUUGUGCUUCAUGGAAGGCAAGAAGUUGUGCGUUACAUGCAGUCCAGAACUCCUGCGUAGCUCUGGAUUGCUUCUUGAGUAGGGAUUUUCACCCAGCGUCUGUUCAUAAUACCCUGCUCUUUGGUAAGGAAAACUGGUUUUACAUUGCAAUUGCUCUGCAAUAAGUAGUAGAAAUACCUUGUUGUAGGUCGUAUUGGAAAUGUGAGGCGAUGCUGUGGGUGCUUCCUGAAACUAAUCGCCUGGGUAAUCGAACCGAGUGUGUUGCUUUGCCUGUGGACGUUAGGUGCGUUGGAAAUAGGCUGUUGGUGAUCUGCUCCAGAGUACAGUGUGAAAUGAAAGCGAUUCGCUUUGGUAUGUGCUGUAUUUGUUUUUAGCAAAACCACAACUCUGAACUUCUUGGUCAAUACUUGGUGGGCUGAACAAACCUGGCUGUCAAAGUCUUAGGUAUGGAUUUUGGAAAAUUGGCUUUUAAGUCUCAUAAUGUUUCUCCCCUGAAGCUUAGCUUUUAAAUAACUGUCCUGUAAAGUAGCAGAUUAUUAAACUUGUUUAUCAA